ACCGUAUAAGUGUGGGGGUUGAUUUUCUCUUUUUGGUGGGCUAGGUUUUUGUAACAGCCCAUUGAGCACCCUUAUCCAAGCCCAUCUCUAUGUUUGAAUUCCAAUGAUUGUCUAGGGUUGCAUCUGCCUCUGUGGUGCGUCUUUGUAACGACGGCAACGCCGGUUAUCUCCGACCACAGACGACAAGACCGCAGCUUCGACAAACUCUCAGCGACGACGUUUCCAGCAGCGGUUUUCUCCCUUUUUGACGAGAACUGAUUCAAUUCUCAUUCUAUUAUUAUGAACAAAGGCAUUGGUGGUGGAAUUGGCCCCACCGCGGCAGCUGCAGCGGCGGCAGCUCAGAAACAGAAACUGCUUCUCCAAAGAGUGGAAACCGAUAUAGCCAACAUUGUUGACAAUUUCACUCACCUUGUCAAUGUCUCUAGGGUGAAUGAUCCACCUGUUAGAAAUUCACAGGAAUCUUUCAUGAUGGAAAUGCGUGCGGCCAGAAUGGUUCAGGCAGCUGAUUCUCUGCUGAAGUUGGUUUCAGAACUUAAGCAGACAGCAAUAUUUUCUGGAUUUGCUUCACUAAACGACCAUGUGGAGCAAAGAAUUGUGGAAUUCAAUCAGCAGGCACAACAGACUGACCGUCUUUUAUCUACAAUUGGUGAAGAAGCUGCUGCCAGCCUGAAGGAGCUUGAAUCUCAUUAUUAUUCUUCAACACAGAGAACUAGUCAGAACAACCUGACAUGAUUUCUGUUCAUUUCUAUCAGCUUGUCUAGCAGCCAUUCCAGCUGCAUUGAGAGUUCACAAUCUCAACCAAUUGGUUUCACUUAGCUCUGGUGGUUUCAGUGAGUGCAUUUCCAUGUGCCCUAAUCUUCUUCAUCCUGGUUGUGGUUGUGGCCUUAUGUGCCCUUGAGAGCUUCGAUCAAAGGCAUUGACCACCUUGAAUGGAGUUCUUGACAGGAUUAAAGUUAUAGCCUUCGACAAGAUCGGGGCAAUCAGUAAAGAUGAAUUUGUAGGAACUAAUUUUCGAGCUUUACGAGAUGUUAUUAGCUUGCACAGCUUGAUUCAUUGGUAAAUAGUAGCGUAAAAACAUCACCAAUUCCUAAUGUUGAUGGUGUUAUCUUACAUUUUUCAAAAUUUUCACUAAUGAUUUUCAUUUUCUUUAAA